AUGUCCGCCCUCCGCAGCCUGCUCUCGGGCAAGGUGCGCUCGCAGUCGGGCUGCUACACCUGCCGGCUGCGCCGCAAGAAGUGCGACGAGAAACGCCCCGUGUGUGACGGGUGCACGGCGCUCGAAAUCGACUGUGUCUACGGCGAGCACAAGCCCGACUGGAUGGACGGCGGGCCCAAGCAGCGCGCCAUGGCCGAGAUGAUCAAGUUGCAGGUCAAGAAACAGGCCAGCCAGCGGCGUGACCGCAAAUACCUCGAGAUGCUCGAGGACGGCACCCGCUUGGUCAGCCUCAACGACAGGCCGGCGGCCGCCAAUGGCCACGCGAGCGACAACACGGCCGUCUUCUCGUCCGAGAGCGACCGCGCCUUUGACACGUCGCCGAGCACCCUCAGCGGCACGACCGGCCCGUCACCCGACAUGCCCUGGCACCAGCACCAGCUCGUGGGCCCCGGCGGCGGCGGCGCGCAAAAGAGUGACUACGACUCGGCCCAGGACACGCAUCUGAUUAUGAACUACGUCGACUUUGUGUUCCCCUACUUGUUCCCCUACUACCAGCCGCCCAUCCUCGUCGGCGGCCGCGGCUGGGUGCUCGAUGCUUUCCUGCACGGCAACCGUAGUAUCUACUACACGGCCAUUGCGCUAUCAUCGUGGUUCUUUGGCGUGCUCCUCGCCGGCGGCCUGGAGCAGCACGCGGCCUGCACCGACAGGAUGGCGCGGCAGCUGCACCACCAGAUGGGCAUCAGCCUCAAGGAGCUGCAAAAGAACAUUUAUGCCAUUAGCGCGAAAAAGGACAAGUUUGACAUUCGCGAGGGCCUCGGCGUGAUGCAGAGCGUGAUCCAGAUGCUCAUCUUUGAGGUGACGGCGGCCAACAAGGACAACUGGAAGCUGCACCUCGACGCCGCCAUUGCGCUCUUCGUCAAGAUCCUGCCGGAGCCGGCGCAGUGGACGGAACGGGUGCACGAGCUAUGGACGCCCAAGUGGCCGCCGCCCGAGAUGGGGAUCCGGCGGCCGUGGAGCACCGACCAGGCGGCGCUGCGCUUCUUCGGCGCAAACCUGCUCUACAUUGACAUCAUGUCGAGCAUCACACUGGCGCGGCGGCCGCGGCUGGCAGCCUACCACGAGCCCGUCAUCCCGCGCUGCCCCGCGAACGCGCUCUCGACGGAGCCGCAGUCGGCGGGUCCGCUGCGGAUGGAGGAGUUCUUCGGGCUGCAGAACUGGGUGGUGCAGACGCUGGGCGACAUUGCGGCGCUGGACGCGCACAAGAAGGAGCAGCAGCGGGCGGGCACGCUGUGCGCGGCGGAUCUCGCGGAGCGCGGCGAGGCGCUGUUUCAGGCGGUCAAGGCCGGCAUCCGGCACCUGGACAACCAGGACUACUCGCAGACGCCGGUGGAGCGGGCCGUGUCGGUGAUCCGCGACCCGCUGGCGAGCCUGAACCCCGGGUCGGCGGACUACUCGCAGACGCCGGUGGAGCGGGCCGUGUCGGUGAUCCGCGACCCGCUGGCGAGCCUGAACCCCGGGUCGGCGGCGGCGCGGCUCAACCACAUCAUCCAGAACCUCCUCUGGCUGCACGCCGCCUUCCUGUACCUGAGCACGGUCGUGUCGGGAUGGCGGCCGGACGACGCCGAGGUGCGGCGGUCGGUCGACAAGGUGACGGAGCUGCUGGCGGACAUGCCCGACGGCAAGACGAUGCAGUCCAUGGCGUUUCCGUUUUGCGUGGCCGGCUGCCUGGCGCCGCCCGCGUACCGGGACAGGUACAGGGGCCUCGUCAGCCGGCUGGGGCCUCUGCAGGUCUUUGGCACGAUGCAGGAGGCCAAGAACAUCAUGGAGUUUGCGUGGGCCAACGGCGCCGCGGCGGACGAGAGCUGGGAUGUUGCCAAGUGCUUGAACAGUCUUGGCCACGGUGCGCUGUUGAUUUGA